AUGUCAAGCUUCCAUGUUGGUGGGAAAGUGGUGGAAAGAGUUGAUCCUCUGAGAAAGAGGUACUGGUCAUGGCGCUUGGACGUGUGGCCUUUUGCCAUUAUCUAUGCUGUUUGGCUGACAACCAUUGUUCCUAGCUUAGACAUUGUAGACGCAUUUAUAGUUCUUGGUGGCCUUUUCGCUGUUCACAUUCUAGUGUUCCUCUUCACCGUUUGGUCGGUGGUUUUUAAAUGCUUUGUCCAAUAUUCUAAGGUAAAUGGCAUUCACCAUGCAGAUGCUUGCAAAAUUACCCCAGCUAAAUUCUCUGGUUCUCAAGAAGUUGCGCAGCUUCAUUGUCGUGAGGUU